GUGGCAUUCCUGCGUGUGCCAAGGUAACCGUACGUACAAACGGCGGCAUAAUGAGGUGGCAUUCAGCCAGCUCAGCUAGAUGUCUCCACGCCUGUUGUUGGUGUCAGCGAAGAGCGCUAGAGAAUUUCGAAUGCCAGUAUAGAUGAACGAAGCAGAUCAGAGGUUGCGUAUUUAGAAUUGCUAAUCAAGCACCCGUUGAAGAGUGUCAUAAGCUGCGAUAAUUUCUCUUUGGAAAAUUCAUCAUAAUAGUAAAGUGGAUCAAGUAAAGGAAGGACUGUACCUUUUCUGCGAUGAGGGACUUAGCAGUAUACCCUCGUCUUAGAGAUGCGACGGCCAAGGUCGAGGUCAAGCCUUUCUCAAGCAUUCCCAAGCCUCAAGCCUCAACGUCCCGAGGUCACCACUACAAGGCUCAAGCAGAAGCCAAGGAGCAGCUAGUACUUGUAAUUAACCAGACGGAAGGGCGGCGGCGGAGGUCACUAACCGGCAAUGAUGGGAUUCCAAAACCCCGCGCUGUGCUGACGCCGAUGAGAUAAUCCUUACAUGUUUGGCCGUACCUGCCCUAUCCUGAACACUCUGGCUGGGGUAAU